CAACCGCUGUGGGAGCGUUCAGUGUGCGGUAGAUAACCGGCUGGUAUAGCACGGGUCCUCGAACUGUCCGUCCCCGGUGUGCGAGUGUGUGCUCAAGUCUCAGACUCAGCUCAGUUUCGAAUCGUUGCCAGUGUGCCACAUUUUACGAAUAGUUUACGGGUGUCACCUUUGCUCUGUCACCGUCCGUCAAUAGUGUGUUGCUGACAGUCCUUGCCAAACUCCCACCCUGAAUGGGACCAGUGUUCCUUGGACGAGCAGUACCCGUUAAGGACACGUGACGUACAGUGAGUUCCCGUAGCCACCAAGUCAAGCAAGUGAAGCUGUGUAAACAGGUGUGUGAGGUGAAGUGAGUGAAAGUUAUGUGCAAACCGUACCCAUUCGCUGACUACAAGACACGACGUCUGAAGGCAGUAAUAAGUCGUCAGCAAACCAUCAGAACAUUAGCGUGCCGUUUCGCACCGUGAACCAGUGGGAGCUCGAAUUGUUCCAAGCGGUGUAAAGAAAGCGAGAAAUUCCCCGGAGUUGAUUUUUUUUUUUCGUUUGCUUGGGGAAGACUAGUUGGAAACAAACGAAGAUCCAAGCAAAGGCGGAAGCGCGGGCACGUUAGGACAAUCGCAGCCGGGCACUAGCAGCAGCAAACCGACAACUUCCAGACGUGCACAGCUCAGCACCUCACUCCAGAGCAGCCUCACAAUGGUCGCCGGUGGUGGUAGCAAUUUCCAUUCGGAGUUUCGCAAUGACCCCGUGGUAAAGGAGAUGAGACAUGUCCGGGAAGAGAAUGCACGGCGCCAAAAACAUGACUACUCACACGUGUUUCGAAAUAAGUCCCGGUUCGAUUUCGUCAGAAUCUCAGCCGUCAUCAUGGGGAUGGAGUUUGUGUACUCCGCCGAGACGGCCUUUGUCUCUCCGAUCUUGCUCAGCAUCGGCAUCGAACAUCAGCUAAUGACCAUGGUGUGGGGCAUCUCACCCCUGAUCGGCUUCUUCCUAUCGCCCGUUAUCGGCUCGAUUAGUGAUCGAUGCCGGUCGAGGUUCGGCCGAAGACGCCCGGUACUGUUUGCGCUCGGUGUCGGUCUGAUAACGGGUUGCAUACUGGUACCGUACGGGAAAAACAUUGGCGCCUGGUUUGGUGAUUUGGGCGAGAUCGUGGACGAUCCGGCCAACACGUUCAACGGUGCCGCAGCCCUGAUAGAUCUCAACGGGACGAUCGUAUCCGACGCGUUCCGAUCGUACAACUUUUACCGGGUCGAUGAAGAAAUUGCCGAACAUCGGACGGACUAUCGGUGGGCGAUCGUGAUCACCAUUAUCGGUACGAUCCUGACCGACUUCAAUGCGGACAACUGUAUGACACCGUCGCGUGCCUUCCUGCUGGACGUGUCGUUGCCAGAGGACCAUGGGCGUGCCUGUAGUACUUUCUCUAUACUUGCCGGACUCGGCGGUUCGAUAGGCUACGCAAUGGGAGGCAUCAACUGGGACAAUACCUCGUUCGGAGAGUUCUUGGGCGGUAGCAUCAAGACCGUCUUCACGCUGGUGGUGAUCAUCUUCACCAUCUGUCUUACCAUCAGCCUGACCAGCUUCCGUGAGAUCCCACUGCCGCUGCUCGAAUCGGACGAACUGCUGCGCCCGCUAACGGAAGCAACGAUCAAGAAGGAGAAAGCACGCCGUCAGAACCAAAUUUUCGUGGUGAAAGAUGUAAGCAAAGCGCUAACGGCUCAGCUGCAAUCGAUCCAAUCGCCCCAGGACGCCGUGCCGCAGAAGAUUAACAAUGCGCUGGUUGAUGUGGAGCGUGCUCCCCCGGCAAAGGAUGCCGAGGUUGAGUUGGAGGAAGAGGAGGAAAACGUACAGAUGGGUCCGAUGGAUUUCAUCAAGAGCAUCGUCAUGAUGCCGAAAUCGAUUGCGAUCCUCUGCCUGACGAAUCUGUUCUGCUGGAUGAGCCAUCUCAGCUACGCGCUGUACUUUACGGACUUUGUUGGUGAGGAGGUGUUUAAGGGCAAUCCGGCGGCACCUUCGUACUCGGACGAGUAUAAGCUGUUUCUGGAAGGCGUCCGGUAUGCCUGCUUCGGUAUGGCCAUCUACUCCAUCUCGUGCUCCACCUGCUCGUUCACGAUCGAGAAGCUGAUCAAGGUGUUGAAGGCACGCACGGUGUACUGCGGCGGGCUGAUACUGGACGCGAUCGGUAUGGCUUGUAUGGCCUUCUUCCCGAACAAGGUGACCGUGUACGUGCUGAGUGCAACCGGUGGAAUCGUGUACGCACUGCUCUUCACGAUGCCGUUCCUGCUGCUUGGACAGUAUCACGCGAAGGGAACGUUUAAGGUGACGAAACCGGGCACAGAGCCAACGCACGAACGGAAGCGAGGUCUCGCAACGGACAUUGCCGUCGUCGGUGGUAUGAUCUUCGUAGCACAAAUCAUCGUUGCCCUCGGCAUGGGUUCGCUUAUCUCCGCGUUCGGCACGACCUCGGUCGUCGUGUUCAGUGCCAGCAUUUGCAGUCUGCUCGCCUCGGUCUGUGCCUCGCAAGUUGUCUACAUGGACCUGUAAUGAGCGGUGCGGUUCGACUAGACCGGCCUCCUAAAGUACAACCAGACAGACCGACAGACGAAUAGCAUGAAAAGCCCACAGUGCGCCGUGGUAUGGUGGGGACCAUUGUGAUACCAACCCAACGUUAUGCAGUGUCUACUACUACUUCGUGCCGAGAGCGUGCUACUACUACUGCUACUACCUGGCACCUUAUUUAAAUCGUGUACAUGGCGGGUGGAACCCAUUUGCUUACUGUUUUAGUGUUUUGUUUUGUAGGUAAUUUGACACAAUAAACAUGCUUCAUGCAUAAUGCCUAGACGA